CUGAGCAGAUUGUACAAAUAUAUCAUUUAAGUCCAUUUAUAUUGUUAUAAAUCUACAGGCUGCAAGAUUUCUUCUUCUGGGACCUGUGCAGGUGAGUACUAUUUACAUGUUUCACUCCACUUUCCAGAUUCUUCAUUUUUAGCAGUCCAAGAUGAGACCGUAUAAAUCUAUAGGUCAUAACUGCAAAAAAUCAAACAAUCAUUACUUGAUAAACAUUAACACUCAAAUUCUUUUUUUUCAGAUAUUCAAUAUGUAUCCUGUGCUUGGGAUCUUUAUGAAGACUCACAAAAAAAUAUUAGAUAAGAUCGAUGAAAUAUGUAUGAUGCUAAAAGCUGAAAUUAAGGCCAAAAGGCAGACAAUGGAUUACAACUACGUGACCACAUUUAUUGAAGCUUUCAUUGCCAAGCAAGAAUUGGAAAGGACAAAUAAGGACACUCUGUUUGAUGAUGAUAAUAUAUUGGCCACUGUACUGGACCUGGUGAUGGCUGGCACAGAGACCACCGCUACAACACUGCAGUGGGGAAUACUGCUAAUGAUGAGAUAUCCUGACAUACAAAAACAAGUGCAAAAAGAAAUCUACACGGUUCUAGAAUCAAGGCGUCCUCCAACCUUUGAAGACAGGAAAGCCAUGCCAUAUACCAUGGCUGUGAUACAUGAGAUCCAGAGGUUUGCCAAUGUUAUUCCUCAUAUUCCCCAUGCCACGUCCCGAGAAAUUAACUUCAAGGGAUAUCACCUCCCCAAGGUGAGUCGUUGGAUUGAUUGUAAGCAUUCUCAAAUUCAGCCAUUAUGGUUUCUGUCCCUUUAGGACCCU